UAAUGGAUCUCGAAAUAUCAAUUGAUAUUGAACAGGAUAUGGAAGAUAUCGAGAAUGGUGAAAAUGUGGACGACGUUGAAGAUAGCGUGGAUGUAAAUAGUAAUCCAAGGUUAAGAAGGUAUAUUCGCGAUGGACAAAAUCCAUUCGAACAUUACGAUGAUGCUGAAUUCAAAAGACGGUACCGAUUCAGUAAAGAGUCGGUAUUGUGCGGUAUUUUACCGAAAAUUAUUGACGGCUUGAAGAAAGUGAACAACCGUGGCCUACCAAUUGCACCAGAGCUGCAAUUACUAAUGUGCUUGCGAUAUUAUGCAAGUUCAAGUUUCCAGCAGGUGCUCGGAGACACGAUGGGCAUCUCGCAGCCCACAGUUUCCAGAAUCGUCAACCGAGUCAGCGAUUUGCUCGGAAGAUUAAUAUUCGAAUACAUAAAGUUUCCGAACAGUGAUGAGGCACGCCGGGAAAAUCGUCGUUUAUUCAGAGACCUAGGGCAAGGUAGUGGAGCUAUCGGUUUACCCGGAAUCGAUGGAGCCAUCGAUUGCACCCAUGUCAGAUUGACGUGUACGAGGCUGAACGACGUCAAUGAAAUUUUUAGAAAUAGAAAAGGAUAUUUUUCUCUUAAUGUACAAGCGGUUGUUGGGCCUAGAAUGGAAUUCCUGGAUCUUGUACCGGAAUGGCCAGGCAGUGCGCACGACAGUCGCAUCUUCCAAAAUUCUAGAGUACAUAUGCGCUACGCGGAGAGGCAGUUGGAUGGGAUGCUUGUAGGCGAUCGAGGAUACCCCUGCUUGCCGUUCUUAAUGACUCCGCUCGCAAAUCCCAGGACAGAUGAAGAAAGAACGUAUAACAAUAUCCACACGAGGACUAGACAAAUCGUGGAACGGACGUUCGGAGUGUGGAAACGAAGAUUCCCAUGUUUGUCGAGGGGACUCACAACACAACUCUUGUGCAGCACAACAACUGUGGUGGCAUGUGCUGUGCUGCACAACAUGUCUCUAAUAUUCAGGGAUAUACUCCCUGAGGAAGAGGAAAAUGACGUGGACAUGACCGAGGAACCACAAGCACCUGCGGUAGAAGAGGAACAUGCGUCUGGAUUGGCUACUCGCGAGGCGCUAAUUAACCACAUGUUCAGUUGAAUGCGACUAUUGUUAU